AAGCUGUCAUAACCAAUCACUAAAGUACACAACUUUAUAGUCCAUUACUUAAUGACCGAGGAAAUACCUGUGGCUCACAAGCACUUCGUUAUUGGCCUUAACUACGGCAUCGACGAUGACAUCUUUGAGUGGGAAGAUGGCAAGAUUGGUAACCACUACAAUGGCACAUACUGGGCACAAGGUCAACCAGACAAGCAAAAGCUGGACUCUUACAGCUGUGUAGCUUAUAGUAAUGUCGCCCCCAACACUUACUCCUGGCACUUAUUAAACUCUAAAACCUGCCUGGGAGACAAUGUAGUAAAUAUCUGUGAAAUGCCCAUCCGCACUAAAAACGUAGUUCCCAGAGAGAAAAAACUAGAGUGUGGACAGAGAUGGUCUCGUGGUGUCCUGGCCAGGUCAGCUUUCAUACCUCGCCAAGAUGACAUUAACGAAGCUCAGUAUGGAGAGUUUCCAUGGCAUGCAGCAGUGUUGCAGCCCAGACACUACCAGGAAGGAUUGGUACAGACUUUUGUCUGCUCUGGUGCACUAAUCCACCCAUACUUUGUCAUCACUGCAGCCCACUGUGUUAUAUUCAGCAGUGGGGACUUCACAGUAUCGCUGGGCGAGUGGGACCUGACGGAGGGCAAGAAUCAUAUCCUAGAUACGCUACUAGUCACUGUCAGUGACGUUAUUAUUCAUCCAGGUUACAAACUUAGUGGUUCCAUGAUGCAUGACUUGGCUUUACUGCAGCUAGAAGAGAAAGUAGCUGUGGACUCUUACCCUCACCUGGGACUGGGUUGUCUGCCCUCCCCUCACCUCUUCCAUCACCAGAGUGGUACCUGGGACUGCUUCACUGUUGGAUGGCCUCGCAAUAUCCGCACCCAGAAACACCUCUCGAAUGUCUUUCAAAAACGCCGGGAAGAUAAAAGGGUGUUAGAGCGUGUAGAAUCUGACUUGGUGCCCAGGCGAGUGUGUCGUAGUCUCACUCGUGAUUACUACCGAACUUUACUCUCUCGUAGAAACUCUGCUUUUGACUACAAAUAUGACAGCAGUGCACCUUACCAACAUUCAUUCUUAGGCAUUAGAGAUCCAGAGCUGAUCUGCACAGAGCCCUAUGACUCUAACUACUGCUUGGACGACCCGACGCCCAUCUUGGUAUGCCGUCAAGCCAUCGUUUACAAGGACGAUCCAUUUUCUCCCUUUGAUGACGAUGGUGUCUACAUCAACAGUCCUCACUCCUCCACCUCCAGGAUCAUCAAUGCUUAUGGCAAGGAAAGGUUCCACAGUGACAAAUGGUACAUCAUGGGUAUUGGGCACAACCUGAACAAGUGCCAGGAGGAUGACUUACCCAGGAGUGACAAAGUACCAUACAGACCUGGAGGUACUUACAGGCGUCGUAGUUACCAGGUCUUCACACCUGUCCACGAGUACCUCUCCUUUAUACACUCUCACCUCGACCUCCAAAGCAGUGGACAUUUCACCAAGAAAUAAUUGUACAGUAUUUUCCUCCCCAUAGCACUGUUUUAAUAAAAUAAAAUACACCUUA